GCCCAUAAACAUCCUCAACAUUCAUAUAUCACUUACAAUGGCUUCACAACGAUACCUUUCGUUUCUUUCUUUUCUUCUCGUCCUUGUUCUCUUCUGUGUCUCACGGUAUACUUGUACUUCCCAUGAAUCAGGCUUAUGUAGACCAUAUACUCGUUAUAUGAAAACAAUUAAAGAUUUCAUGUUUCAAGAGUCAUACGUUUUUGCUGAUUCAGCUCUCGUUGCAACUAAGACAUUCGAUGUCGAUUCUUAUGGUGCUAAAGGUGAUGGCAAAAAAGAUGAUACAAAGGCAUUCAAGAAGGCAUGGAAGGCAGCAUGUUCAUCAACCACAGAAGCAGUUUUUAGUGUGGCCAAGAACAAGAAGUACCUUGUAACGCCAAUUAAGUUUAAAGGUCCUUGCAAAUCUUCGCUAACCAUGGAGGUUUCGGGAACCAUUUUAGCGUCAAAGCAAGAGUCGAAAUAUAAGAAAGACGAGAGGCAUUGGCUUAGAGUGGAUCAUGUUGAUAACUUGUUGAUCCGAGGAGGGGGAGUCAUCGAUGGCAAUGGAGACUUUUGGUGGAGUAAUUCCUGCAAAGUCAACAAGACACUCCCAUGCAAGGAUGCCCCAACGGCUUUGACGCUCUACAAGUGCAAAACAUUGAUGGUGAAUGACUUGACAAUUCAGAAUGCACAGCAAAUCCAUAUUUCUUUCGACAAUUGUGAGAAUGUUCGAGCUUCAAAUCUUCAAGUGACUGCACCAGGAGAUAGCCCCAACACUGAUGGAAUUCAUGUCACCCACACCAAGAACAUCACAAUAUCCAAUUCUGUUAUAGGAACAGGGGAUGAUUGCAUUUCAAUUGUGAGCGAAUCAAAAAAUGUUCAAGCCACGGGCAUAACAUGUGGACCGGGUCAUGGGAUUAGUAUUGGGAGCUUGGGAUCUAAAAACUCAGAAGCUCAUGUUUCGAAUGUCAUGGUUGACGGGGCUCAACUUACUGGAACAACAAACGGUGUUAGAAUUAAGACUUGGCAGGGAGGUUUGGGGAACGCAAGUCAAAUUACAUUUCGAAAUAUUAAGAUGAAGAAUGUGAGCAACCCUAUCAUCAUAGACCAAAAUUAUUGUGAUCAAGCUAAAUCAUGUAAAGAACAGGAUUCAGCUGUCGAAAUAAAAAAUGUGACUUAUCAAAAUAUUACUGGGACUAGUACGGAUAAAGACGCGAUAACGUUCGAUUGUAGCGAAAAUCAUCCAUGUCAAGGGGUUGUAUUACGAGAGAUCAACCUUACACACAAGGACGGUGGUGACACUCAGGCUGUUUGCAACAACGUCAAAUUAACAUAUAUCGGAAAAGUUUAUCCAAGGUGCCCGAAAGAUACUAUUCAAACACAACAAGCAAUUGGGGCGUAUAGUUAUCGUUGAUCAUACUAUUUGUGUAUUUAAAUUAUUAUAGUGUAUGCAUACUAUUGAAAUAACACGUCAUAUUCUCUUUAUAGGGUUGUUUAUAAAUCU